AUGGAUCCCAUCGUAGCGGAAAUUGCCCGCAAACGGUGUGCCACAUUCCAAACAGAACGUGUCGAACUCGAAGUAGUGCGGGCACGUGUGGAAAAGGAGCACCAGGAGGCUGAACGUGAUGUCAAAAAGUUACAACAGACUCUACUCCAGCAAACUCGUCGCACGGAAGAACGCGAGAUUAUCACUUUGUUGGCCAGACUGCACGAGUUGGAAUUGGAACGAGCGGAUUUAGACGCGCGAUAUGCAAUCAGCGAUACGGAGUUGAAAAAGCGUGAAUUUUUGCUCGACCAGUUGCGACAGGACAAUCGGUUGUCCGAGGCGAUCAUACGUUAUCAGUGCACACUGCUGGACACAAACAAAGUGGAACGACCGAAAGAGUUGGAAUUAUUGCUCGAAUUGUACGAACAACAGGGUAACGCAAGCGCGGAUCGACGUGUCAGCUUCACCGGUUCGUCAAUGGAUUUCAGAAUGAUUCCAUCAGCGCUUACGAACGGACUACAGUCCAAAGUUUCCGCUUCAUUAUCAUCGCUACCAACCGAUGGUGUGCUGGAUGAAAAUCGAUACAGUCGUACAGCCAAAUGGUUAGAGUAUAGUGGAUCGCGUCGCGCUUCCGAUGCUGAACCCCUGCCUCAUUACAACUCAGGCUUGGGCAAUGGACAGCCCGGAUUCACAAACGCCCAGUCACGUCCACUGAAUGGGACUGGGGAUAGACCGAACCAGAGGCGUAUACGAAUGCACAAAUCGAUCAGUGCUAUGAAGAGUUUGGAUGCGAAUCAGAAGUCGGUCUCCCAUCCGGAAAUACCCAGUAUCCGAACACACAUCGGUUCGGAAGAAUCGCGUUCAAGUAGCUCGGAGAAUAUUCGACCGCGGAAUAGCGAUUUGGCAACUAAAACCAUUUCAGCUGUGGCCAGGAAGCGAAAAGAUCAGAAAAUUCGGGAGAAGAAACAGAAACUACGAACUACAAACGCACUAAAAAUAUCCCAGACAAACACAAGUAACAGUAGUGGCAACUCCGCGAAUCCGGUGAAUAACAGUACACUCUCCGAUAUCGGCGAGAGCCCCGAUCCGAAUCCACCCGGACGCAGUUUCGGUCCGGCAUUGUCGAAUGAAACUGACCCCUGGCCGACAAUAGCCGGUAGUAGGAUUAUUAUUGAACCACAAAAGAUGCUCGGUCGACGUCCAAAUCGACUGAUUCGAGACGAUCGUCCAGACUCCUCCAGUCACAUUCCGUCGUCUAUGACGGANCGGAUCCCCGUCCCGCUUUAA